AUGGAAGCCAAGACCUCUAUGGAUCUUGAGCACCAGGACUUCCCAGUCACCGCCCGUCUGCAAGUUUGGCACUACAGUGAGCGCGGACGAUGCCCCCAGUUCAACCGCGAACUUGCCCGUCUGUUCUCCCCCCAGGCUCUUGGGGGCUUGAAUUCCUGGAUGGCUCGUCCAGCUAAAGUGGUGGAACCAGCUGGCAUCUCAAUUCGAGACCACUACGUCCCUGUAGAGAAGGUCGAUUUUGUACACCGCAUCGCUACAUACAACCGCCCUAUAGGGAACCCCGAAUCUGGAGUUCGUGAUAUCUUCAAGAAGUUUGCUCCACCGAUCGUAUACGACUACUUCAUCUCCAUUAUACAAAGUCCCCCUCAUGCGAUGUGUAUCCAUGCACUAGCUAACGGCGAAGCGAUCGCUGAUAAGCAUAUCAAGAUGAAGUAUACACACGCCUUUUUCUUCGUUCCACUGGAGCUUCGGCUGAAGCGCUUCAUCAAGCCUUCAGUGAUAUACCAGGAGGAUGUGAUCAGGAACAUAUUGCACGCAGGGGUUAACUCUCUCCCUGUGCUAGGAGCCUUGAUCCUGGCUUACAUGGCGUAUCAGGGAGGGCGGAUCCCAAAGGGAAGUGACCUCCUCACUAACUCCAAGACCAUUUUGAAUGGGCUUUCUUCUCAACUACCCUGGUUGAAAUCUAUUCUCGACAGUCUUGGGCCUGCUGAUGAGGAAGGCUCACUCGGUACCCAGGAGCUCGGAAAGACUCAUAUUGGCAGUGAAUCGCUCGCUCUCCUCGAUGAUGCAUCAGCCUCGUCCAACAGACUUCGCAACCUCACCAACGGUUUUCAAACUAGACUCGGAAGAUCACCACACAGCCAAGGCCUUACUAAUCAGGGUAUCCUCGAAGCGAUGGGAGACCUGCGGGAAGCUAGAUUGCAUUUCUCUGACUACCAAAAUGCCAUGGUUAACCUCAACGGGGGAGAAAUCGCCAAGUGGUUCCAGAAGGCUGACGGCCACCAAAAGGCUGCAAUCGAAGCAGGGCUCAAUACGAUCGGAUUCGCGGCACUUGCUUCCUUCAACCUGUUCCACAAACCAUUCGCUAGCUUUCUCGCUACUGUGGUAACUGAACUCCCUUCGCUAAGCGGUAUACCUCCAAAUGAUGUUGCUCCAACAGUCGGACUUGUAGGUGCUGUUGCUUCUGCACAUGCUACCUAUGGUCAGUACACGGAGAUGAACAAGUCGCUCGCCAUCCUUAACGACGUGCAAAAUGCGGCUAAUGAUGGAAAAGCUGCUUUCAACGAAUUCUUCAAGGAACUCCUUCAGACUCAAGCUGCCCUGGCCUUGGAUUACAUGGAGAAGGCGAUGCGGUUACCUAUGGAAUGCAUGGGAUACCAUGAGCUGAAUCAGGCCUUCAAGAUGUUAGGGGCCGAUUUGAAGUUUCUGGGUACCGACGAAUACCGUGACACCAUUGUGCAAGAAAGGAUUGAGGAUCUUUUGAAGGCAGGUAAGCUUCUGCACGAUGCUUACCAGGCGACUAUGGAUGCUAUGAAUGUGGUUGCAGAUACUGUAGGAGUUGCAGAAGAGUACAGAGAGUAG